AUGGCGUCAAGGUCAAGGUUUGAUAAUGUUGGGUGGGGAUUAGGGUUUGGCAUAUUGGCAGGGGUCUUGAUGGUGUCGCUAUUAUUAUUCUUGGUGGGAAUUAAGAGGUACCGGAAGAAAAGGCCUCCUGGCAGCCCAUUUACAACGCUGGCACAAGUGUUUGUGGCAGCAGCUCGGAAAUGGCACGUGAAUGAGACACUCAAUUGCGAGAGUGUAUAUUAUGAGGACGAGAAGGGUGGAGCCACGGUAGAAGGUCAACCUCAGGCUCUAGUUUUGUCUCGUACUGAUCAACUGAGAUUUCUGGACAAGGCAAUGAUGAUAGACGAAGUAGAUGCAUCAAACCAAACCAGAAAUCCAUGGAGGUUAUGCUCUCUCAAUCAAGUGGAAGAAGUGAAGCUUGUCCUCCGACUCAUUCCCAUAUGGUUAAGUUGCCUAAUGUUUGGUGUAAUCCAAGCCCAACUUCACACCUUCUUCACCAAACAAAGUAGCACAACAAUCCGAUCAAUCGGUCCCCAUUUCCAAGUCCCUCCAGCAUCACUUCAAGGACUUGUUGGCAUUGCCAUCUUAAUCGCCGUUCCAGUCUACGACCGAUUUUUCAUCCCGUUAACCCGAAAAUAUACAGGGCACCCUUCAGGCAUUACCGUGCUACAAAGAAUCGGGAUCGGCCUAGUCAUGUCAAUACUCAAUAUGGUUGUGUCAGCCCUAGUAGAGGCCAAAAGGCUCGACGUUGCAAAACAUUAUAAUCUCAUUGACAAGCCUAAAACAAUAAUACCAAUGAAGGUAUGGUGGUUACUUCCACAAUACCUAAUUUGCGGUGUCUCCGACGCGUUCACAACCGUGGGACUUCAAGAACUGUUUUAUGAUCAAAUGCCAGAGCAGAUGAGAAGCAUCGGGGCAGCGGCUUUUAUUAGUGUUAUUGGCGUUGGUAGCUUCAUAAGCUCUGGUAUUAUAAGUAUUGUGCAGUCCAUUACCUCCAGAAAUGGUGACAAAUGGCUUGGGGACAAUAUUAAUCGGGCUCACCUUGAUUACUUCUAUGGGGUGCUAGCAGUUUUGACCACACUGAGCUUGUGUGUUUAUGUGUUAAUUGCAAGGGCUUUUGAGUACAGAAAGGUGGAGGAGAAGAGAAACUAA